AUGCAAGAACCAGAACCAGAAUCCGAUACAUGCUACUAUGCACCUUAUUCUCCUGACUAUGAUUCUGGUUACUCGGUCAAUACGUCUGAUAAUGAGGAUCGUGAUCCGCUCAACUGGCAGCCUCCUAUCAUCGAAACGGACUUCACCAAUAUCGACGAAGCGCUCGAACUUAAAUUAAAUACUGCAGACUCACUCUAUCGAUUAUUCAAGGCAGGAAAACUCAAAGUCCAGAUUGUGAUGAAUGGUGCCAAACGAGUACUCACUCCUCCAUUGCACUCUGGAUCGAAGGCCAAAUUUAUACCAUUGAGGAACCACCGCGGCAGUAAGAAGUGCGCCCAGACCGUGACUAAUAAACAAAAGCAGCAUGUUCGGAACGUGUCUGAUGAGCCAACCCCUCGUUCACUCGUGGCAUUCUCACAUCAAAACAGUCAACCGCCUCCCGGGCCCUCCCUUGAUUAUAACCUUUGCGCAGGAGUCCCAAUCAUCUGGCCAGAGGAUAUGCGUCCUUUGGUCAUGCUCUUUCCAUGGGAACGUUACCAUGAUGGCCAGGAUGGCCUACCAUUCACUAUCGACACUUGGCUUACUCGCGCUCAUUUGCUCCUCCCUCGCGUCAAUACUAGGACUUUGUUUGCAUUGAGAUUUUGCACACCUCUUGGUUACGCUUACCACUUGGCUAAGACUGGUUGA